CGAACAACAUAGAAAAUCCAAUUUCCCCGAUUUUCACCGAGUGAGAGGGAGAGACAGGGAGAGAUGAUCACCGUCAAUUCGCCAUUGGAGGCGUUGCCUUUUAACUACAUCGGCAUCGGGAUCCUCUCCGCCGUCAACAACCUAUGGACUUGGAUCGCCGUCGUCACCGCUGCCGUCAGCUUCUGGGGGAUCCGUGUCACCGGCGGCGGAGAUUCCACGCCUCCGUUGAAGAUCGGUCACUGCUCCGCCGUGUUCGAAGAAAUCGGUGGAGAAUCUGAGCGCCAAACUGCCCAAACCGACGACUGUGAGCCGCAAGCGGCGGCCACUCCGGCAGAAAAAACGGUAACGCUGACGGAAAAGGCGUUUUUGAGGCCGUUGAUGUGCAACGACGGAGUGACGAAGGGGAAGCUGACGGUGUACUACGGCGGUGACGGAGAGUUAACGGCGAUUAGUGACGAAGGAGACGGAUUCACGAAGGGGAAGCUGACGUUGUACUGCGAUGGUGACGGAGUGGGGGAUAAUGAUGACGGAGAGAUAACGGCGAUCAGUGACGGGAGAGACGGAGAGGUAGAGGAGUGGUGGGAGAGAGUGGUGAGGACGAUGAACGGAGAAGACAGUUGGUACCGUUACGUGGAUUUAACGGUAAUAAACGGAAACGUGGUGAGGUUGUGGGAUGAUAACGGGGUCCGUUACGGCGGCAGGUGCAGCGGUUGGUAACUUGGUAGAUUGAGUGUGGUUUAAUUAAUUAAAUUACAGAAUCUGAGGAUAAUUAUUUCUUAAACCUUCAAGGUUUACAAGUUUUAUCUUCCCAACGAUAAAGGGUAAGAAAGUUGUACAUAUUGUUUUUAGCAAUAGAAUAAUAUAUUUGUGCUUUGUUUUU